GUGCGAUAUUUAUAAAAGAAAUACAAUAAUAGUUGUACUUUCGGAAUAAAACUGCGACAAAAAAUUAUUUCAUAAAUAAUCAAAAAUGGCUGCCGCUGUUUUAGCGGCGGCGAGGAAGUUGGACUUAUCUUCGGUUACUAAAGAUGAUAAAAUUGGACUUGUUAAGGAAACUAGUACAGUUGGGGACCUAAUAUCUUUUACUGACCGCCGGAUAAGCCCCGUUCGACAAGUUCAUAGGCGUAGAGGAAGCACUGGCAAUGCCGACAUCACAAAUUUCAGACGCAAAAGUCUUCAAAGAUCUGACUCCGAAAAAAGUCUCAGUCAGCGGUCAAGAAAGAGCUCAGUAAGUGUAGCAUGGGAAAGUGAAAACGUUUCCCCCGACCUUGAUACAUCCAGACUGAGAACAAGUCGGCGUAACUCCAUGAUGAAUGCCCUAAGAGAUGACCUCGGAAAAGUUCCGUGUCUAACAGCGUUGAAAAAAAGACCUUCAUUGAGGCAGGCAUCUGUUGACGAGAAUGAAUACGAUGACCCUUUUAAUCCAAGUGAUUCUGAUGAUGACCGUAUUUCACCAUACCGACGAAAAUCUACCCGACGGUCAUCUAAUAUGAUCCGUAGGGAAUCACGCUUGUCGUCAAGUUCGGAAUCCACGUCGGGAAUUCUAACGGAGGCAGAGCAGAGAAAAUUACGAAUGCUACAAACACUGAACACAAUGAAUGGCGGUAAUAAAUGUAAUUAUAAACGUAACAAUUCUAUUGACAGUCAAGGUGAGAUAGCGAUUUUAGAAGCGUCGUACGGUAGAGGCAAGAAGAGGGGCAGCAUUGCUACUCAUGUGCUUAUGAAAACUCGACAUAAAAAAGGCCCGCUUACAGACUUGAAAACGAACAAAGCUGAGGUAAUCCUAGGGUCACCUUCGCCUGUUGAAAAAAGUGAUAAUGAGAUCAUGUCGGAAGAGCAGCGAGAUAGAUCAAUGAAGAUGUUUCAGAUGUUAAAGAAGAAUGAGAAACCAAAGUUGAUAGGUCUGGUUGGAAAACCUAAAGAUUCUAUAACGAAAGAGGAUGUAGCAAAAGAGUCGAUAUUAAGUUUCCGGCGGAGAUUGAAGAGAAAAAGGACCAAACCAAUAGACAUAUGGCGCAAACGAGCACGAUUCCUUGUGCUUCUAUUGAGGGCUUGGAAAAUCCAUUCAAAUGCAAUAAAUGAAGAUCUAGUGGACAAUAAUGAUUCGUUAGACAUGAUUACUAGAGGGAACCAGGCUGAUCUGUUGUUUGAUAUUACAUCGUUCAAGGCGUCGAAAGAGGCUAAGAUAUCGUCGGAGGUUAAAAGAAUCUUAAUGAAGAAACCGGGUUUCAGGACAGAGGAGGAACAAUACUAUGUGCAGAUAUUUCUUCGUAAUUACAAAAGUAUAGCAGAAUACCCAGUUAAAAUGCAAAGGCUGAUAGCGCAGCGGUCCUGGAUAGAAAGUUUCGACAUAAAACGUGUGAUUGUUAGGGAAGGUCAUGUUCCUAUGUGUUUUUAUUUUAUACUGUCCGGAUCAGCGAUUGUGUCUGCUAUGGAUGACGGGGUUCCGAAGACCAUCAUGUUCCUCAACAGAGGUGACAGUUUUGGUGACGUCGCCAUCUUGAACAAUGCUCGACGUGAAACUACCGUAAUAUCUCGCGAGAAGAUCGAACUUCUGUGUAUGACUGAUACGGAUUUCGUUGACAUAUUUAUGUCUGGCGGUCUAAGGGACCAUAACGACCCUUUUCUGAACUCAAUACAUUUUCUCGAUGGCUGGCCCAAAGAAAAAUUAAUUGACAACCCGAAACGAUGUAUCUUCAGUUACUUCAAGCGUGGCACAAUUCUAGUACACGACAGUACCAAAAAUGAUUGGAUUUUUGUAGUUAAAUCAGGUAGCGCAAGUUUGCUGAAGAAGCUGCAUGCAGUUGAUAUAAAGAAAAAACCAAAACCGAAGAAAGUGAUGGACUUUAGAGAUGAAGUAAUGGAGGUAAUGAAGCACGAGAGGUUCUUGAGUCACGAGGAGCAGGUACAGCUAAUGUUUGAGGAAGAGAAACGUAGCCUUGACGACCAGAACCUGCACGUGCGUUUCUACGCUCUACCAGAGAUUAACAUCAAGACAAAUGAGUCGUACAACGAACUACGACAGAUGAAAGAAGAGUUCAUGAACGCGAACAGUGUAAAUCGUGCCUUGGGUGCACUAGAAAAGUCCGGCGUCGACGUUAAAUCAGAAACUGGAAAUAGUGACUCUACACAACAAGUGUCCGACAAGAGAUCUCGCCGGAAAUCUAUAGUUAAUGUUUUAAAGGGUCCGUUCAUUAAAGGAGGGAGUUCACUUGGUCGAGAAGCUUCUUUCGCAUCUUUACCGUCAAGGAGAGAUUUAGAAUCUAGACCUUCGGAAUCUAGAAAUUCCCGCCGAAGUAUAGCUUCCAACCAGAAGAGCGUCAGAUUUGUUGACCAGGGUGAAUCAGCGGAAAACGAGAACAACAAUGUCGAUGACGUGGUGAAAAAAGUUGAUGACUGGGAACAGAUGUCGUUACCGACUCUCGGUGAAAGUCCAAUUAAUGACCUGAGAAUAAAACCGGUUGAAGCAAAACCAGUAUUUGUCAAUGCUCGUAUACUUACUAAAGGACAGGUUUUUGGUUUAGGUGAUAUGCUUUUUGAAAACCAACCACACUUCAGUCUCGUCAGUAAUGGAUCUGAAUGUAUUAUGAUCGAGAAAAAGUUCUUCUUGGAAAAUGCUUCACAAAGACUUAUGGUGGCGUUACGUGAAUCGACAUUCCCGUACCCGUCAGAAGAGGCUCUCCAAGAUAAUCUUGAAACACAAAUGAGGUGGAACACUCAUAAAACCAAAACUAUAAACUCAAUAUUGAGAGAGGUUAAGAUGAGAAAAAGUGAUAAAAAUGAUGCGCGUUCAACAUUAAAACUACCUUCACUGCACGUGUAAACUGGCAGGGACAUUCAUAUCUGUUUUACAAUACUUGCUCUUGAAUUUCUUUCUGACAUAAAAACGGAGAGGGCAUGUCAUUCACUAAUAAGCUGCUAUCGAAGUUUAAAAGAAUAUAUUUUGUAUCCAAAUAAUUUACAAAUUACCUAGUCAUUCGGGUUAGUCUUAGUAAAGAUUAUCUAUUAGAGUUGAAGAGCGACUAAGGACAAAAACAAAACGACUGCAUGAGAAAGAGAAAGCGAUGGGGUCAGCAUUUAAUCGUUUUUAUGUUAUUCAAUUUUCUGUCUAUGAUGAGUCUUUUAACAAGUACUAUAUCACCUGGUGCAGUAAAAUUGCUAUCAUAAAUUAAUUGUAACGUAUACUUUUAUAAUAAUGUGUUCGUGAUGUCGUUUUAAAAUAGUACAAUGUGUACAUCAAUAUGUUAUAUAAUACAAAUGUAUAUUCAUGUUGUAAUGAAUAUCUGCUACUUCUUGUUUCUUGCCAAAAUAACUCACAAGAGUCAAGUCUGACGGAAUAA